AUGAUCAAGGUUGAACAUAUGGGCGUUUCUCCAUCACAAGCUAAGAGUACAAAAGGAAACCAUUUUUGCCCUGAAGAAAGUACAUCAGAGCAGGCCCAUGAAUUUGGCAGCGAAUAUUUACUUACUGAACUUUCAGAAAAUAAAAAUCAAUGUGGCUAUGCAGCAACACAAAAUGAAUCUGCAGAAAAUGCCACUGGUGUAUCUAGCUCUGGCCUUCAUGAACGAUCUCCUAAGUAUGUGGCUAAGAAUUCUUCCCCUGAACAUUCGGGACUGCUUCCUAAAGGUGUGAUGGGGCGUAAUCAUACUGAUAAAAGUUUUUAUGCUCAAGAAACUGUAUCAGGAAAGACACAUGAGUAUGGUUGUGAAUAUAUGCACAGCGAAACAUCAGAAGAGAAGCAUCAACCUGGUUCUGAAAUUGUUCAAAAUGAACUUGAAGAAGCCUGCACUUUGGUUUGUGACCUUCCUGCUAAAAAGUUGCAGACAUUUUCUGAAGGUUUGUCCGAGAAUGCUAUUACUGAAAGUUUAGGACUAUUGCCAGAAGAUUCAAGUAAACACACCAACACUGAUAAACUUUCAUGUCCUCAACUCGUUAGUUCAGAGCCAACAGUUGACUUUGGUUCUGGAAAUGUAUGUAAGGAACUUGGUGAAUCACCAGAGCAACGACAACAGCUUGAUUCUGAAAGUUUACCUAAUGGUAUAGAAGAAAGUAAUAUUGCAGCAUCUUCUAAUGUUUCUAAUCAAGCCUUGCAACUGAAUCCUGAAGAUAUGGGCAAGAGUCAUUGUGGUGGACACUUACAAUCUCCUCCUGGAGGCGUGACCAAUGUUAUUCAGUCUAGUAAAAGUCCUCUUGUUGAACCUUUAGGAUUGCCCCAAGAAUUUGCCAAGGGAAAUCCUAGCACUCAGCAAUCAGGGCUCCCUUGUGAAGACAUGGCCCAAAAUUCUUGUGCGGAACAGCAUGAGACAAAGCCUAAGAAUUUACUCAAGAAUUCUGGCCGAAGCAGGGCUGGAAAAACUUCAAAAACAAUAAAGAAAAAGUAUAUGCUAAGAUCUUUGAGAAGCAGUGAUAGAGUUUUGCGCUCAAAAUUGCAAGAGAAACCUAAAGCUACCGAGUCGAGCAAUAAUUUGGCUGAUGUUGGCUCUAGUGAGCAGCAAAAAAGAAGGAAGAGGAGGAGGAGGAAGGCAAAAAGAGAAGUUGCUGAUGAAUUUUCAAGAAUCAGGACACAUCUUAGGUAUUUAUUGAAUCGAAUAAACUAUGAGCGGAGCCUGAUUGCUGCAUAUUCUACAGAAGGCUGGAAGGGACUAAGCCUAGAAAAGUUAAAGCCAGAGAAGGAGCUUCAACGGGCUACAUCUGAAAUUCUUCGACGCAAACUGAAAAUUAGAGAUCUAUUUCAACAUAUCGAUUCAUUAUGUGCUGAAGGAAAGCUUCCAGAAUCUUUAUUUGAUUCUGAAGGACAAAUUGACAGUGAGGAUAUAUUCUGUGCAAAAUGUGGGUCCAAGGACCUGUCUGCCAACAAUGAUAUCAUACUCUGUGAUGGUGCUUGUGACCGUGGAUUCCAUCAAUAUUGCUUGCAACCACCGUUGCUAAAAGAAGACAUUCCUCCCGAUGAUGAGGGUUGGUUAUGCCCUGGAUGUGAUUGCAAAGUUGAUUGUAUUGAAUUGGUUAAUGAAUCUCAAGGAACAAGUUUUUCUAUCACUGAUAGUUGGGAGAAAGUCUUUCCUGAGGCAGCAGUAGCUGCAGCUGGACAAAAUCAGGAUCCCAACUUUGGACUACCUUCAGAUGAUUCUGAUGAUAAUGAUUAUAAUCCUGAUGGUUCGGAAACUGAUGAGAAGGAUCAUGGAGAUGAAUCAAGUUCUGAGGAAUCUGAUUUCACUUCUACAUCUGAGGAAUUGGAAGUCCCAGCGAAUGUGGAUCGGUACUUGGGGCUUCCAUCUGAUGAUUCGGAGGAUGAUGAUUAUGAGCCUGAUGGUCCAAAUCAUGAUGAUGUGGUUAAGCCAGAAAGUUCAAGUUCAGAUUUUACAUCUGAUUCUGAGGAUCUUGAUGCUAUGCUCGAAGAAGAUAUUACAUCUCAAAAAGAUGAAGGCCCCAUGGCUAACAGUGCUCCCAGAGAUUCCAAGAGGCAAAAGCCUAAACUGGGUGAAAAGGAGUCUAUGAAUGAUGAGCUGUUAUCAAUAAUGGAACCAGCUUCUGAACAAGAUGGUUCUGCUAUUUCUAAGAAACGAAGCAUCGAAAGGUUGGACUACAAAAGAUUAUAUGAUGAGACGUAUGGCAAUGUUCCUUCUAGUUCCAGUGAUGAUGAAGAUUGGAGUGAUACCACUGCACCAAGAAAAAGGAAGAAACGUACUGCAGAAUUGGCGUCAACACCAGAAAAUGGAAACGUUUCUGUAAGUAGGACUGUGUCAGUUUCUGAUGGUUUAAAGCAGAAUCCAGAAGAGACUGAGCAGAAACCAAGGAGAAAAACUUACCAGAUGUCAAGGUUUAAAGAUACAGAUUCGUCACCUGCUGAAAUACAGGGGAACACUUAUGUAUCUGGUUCAAGUGGUAAAAAAGCAGGUUCAUCAACAUACAAAAGACUGGGAGAAGCUGUGAAGCAGAGACUUUAUAAAUCUUUCAAGGAAAAUCAGUAUCCUGACAGAGCCACUAAACAGAGUUUGGCAAAAGAGCUAGAUAUGACUUUCCAGCAGGUUAGCAAAUGGUUUGACAAUGCUCGGUGGGGCUUCAACAAUUCACCAUCUAGUCACGAGACCAUAGCCAACAAUGCUUCUGAGAAAGACAUCAGUUCGACUCUUCCAAAGAAAGAGGCUACUGGCAGCGGGAAUGUGAGGGACGGUGAUAACAGUGGAAAAACAAAUUGAAAAAGAUCGGGAACUAGAAAGAUGAAUCGAUGAAUCAUAAUGGUGAAAUGGAGGAUCAGGCAACUGAUUUUGAUUCAAAAAAGAUAUUGAGGAGAAGCAAAUGCUCCCGGCUAAGCUUUUAGUUAAUGCACAUAGGAGGCAGGCAGGCUCCGGACAAGAAAUUCGUUGGUUUGAGAAAAUCAUAAUUUUUUUUUCUUUUGUUUUCAUGGUCCUAGGAAAAAAUUUUAACCAGGCACCUACAGCUAGGAGAAAAAGAAAAAAAAAGAAAAAGAAAUCCUUCGCUAUUAACAAAGUUGGCAUGGCCAUGAAACUCUUAGCUUAUGCUGAGACGGUAACCCAAGCAUUAGAAAAGCAUUUGUUGAUGUACUUUUGUAAUUUACUAAUAAGGUCUAUUUUUAUUGCACCCUGCUCCGGUAGGAUUUGAAAAUGCUAAAAAAA